GGCGGUGAAAACCUCCGCGGCUUUCCAGUCUCCUAGCCCGGAGCCCCGGGUGUGCUAGCACAGUGGUAACGGGGUGCCUGAGUGAGACCCUCGGGAGGGGUGGAGCGCCAAGGUUCUGAGUUUUCGCCUCCCGCGCCCCAGGGCCAGGCGCUGGGGCCCAGGCGCUGGCCCCGCUGCGGCAGAGGCACUGGGCGCCCGGCGAGCCUAGUGGUUAGCGAUGCUGCUGCCGUGGUCGCUGCUGCUGUUGCUGCUGCUGCUGCUGCUGGGAGCGCCGGCGGCUCCUUCUCCCGAGCCGGUUCCUGAGUGGCAGGAUAAAGGAAUAUUCAUUAUCCAAAGUGAGAGCCUCAAGAAAUGCAUUCAAGCAGGCAAAUCGGUACUGACCCUGGAGAACUGCAAACCACCAAACAAGGACAUGAUGUGGAAAUGGGUUUCCAACCACGGCCUCUUUAACAUCGGAGGCAGCGGUUGCCUGGGCCUGAAUUUGUCUGAUCCAGAGCAGCCAUUGAGUAUCUAUGAGUGUGAUUCUAUCCACGUUUCCUUGAGGUGGCACUGUAGCAGGAAGGUGAUCACUGGCCCGCUGCAGUACAUGGUGCAGGUGAAGCACAACACGCUGGUGGCCUCCCGGAAAAACCUUCAUAAGUGGAUUGCCUACAUGUCAGGCGGUGAAGGCAUUUGUGAAUAUCUGCACAGAGAUUUGUAUACACUCAAAGGGAACGCCCAUGGGACGCCAUGCAUGUUUCCCUUCCAGUAUAACCACCAGUGGCAUCACGAGUGCACCAGGGAAGGGCGGGAAGACAACCUGCUGUGGUGUGCCACGACCAGCCGAUACGAAAGAGACGAAAAGUGGGGAUUUUGCCCAGAUCCCACAUCGGCAGAGAUGGGUUGCGAUGCUGUCUGGGAGAAGGAUCUCGAUUCACACAUUUGCUACCAAUUCAACCUGCUUUCUUCUCUCUCCUGGAGCGAGGCACAUUCGUCAUGCCAGAUGCAAGGUGGCGCUUUACUAAGUAUUGCAGAUGAGGCUGAAGAAAGUUUCAUAAGGAAGCACUUAAGGGGUGAAACGCUGGCGGUGUGGAUGGGUCUAAACCAGCUGGAUGAAAAUGCUGGCUGGCAGUGGUCCGACAGAACCCCACUCAGCCAUCUGAACUGGAAUCCAGAAAUAAGUUUUGAGCCAUUUGUCGAAUAUCGCUGUGGGACAUUUAAUCCACUUAUGACAAAUGCCUGGAGAGUUCGGGACUGUGAGGCCACCUUACCUUACGUCUGUGAAAAAUACUUAAACCACUCUGAUCAGGAAGUAGUGGAAAAAGAUGCUUGGAAAUACUAUGCUACCCACUGUGAGCCCGGCUGGAAUUCCCACAAUCAGAAUUGCUAUAAACUUCAGAAAGAAGGAAAGACCUGGAAUGAGGCUUUGCAUUCUUGCCAGUCUGAUAACAGUACAUUGAUAGACAUAGCUUCGUUAGCAGAGGUGGAGCUUCUUGUAACCCUCCUUGGAGAUGAAAAUGCAUCCGAAACAUGGAUUGGUUUAAGCAGCAAUAAAACUCCUGUUUCCUUUGAAUGGUCUAAUGGCUCUUCAGUCACCUUUACUAAUUGGCAUACACAUGAGCCCCAAAUUUUUCCAAAUAGAAGCCAGUUAUGUGUCUCAGCUGAGGAAUCUGAAGGACACUGGAAAGUUAAACCUUGUGAAGAGGUGCUUUCUUACAUUUGUGAGAAAGCAGGCCAUGUGCUCUCCGACGCUGAAUCAGGCUGUCCAGAGGGUUGGGAGAGACAUGGUGGGUUCUGUUACAAAAUUGACACAGUACUUCGAAACUUUGACCAUGCUGCCAGUGGUUAUUACUGUCCUCCUGCCCUUGUGACCAUUACAAACAGGUUUGAACAGGCUUUUAUUACCAGUCUGAUCAGUAGUGUGGUAAAAACAAAGGACAGUUAUUUUUGGAUAGCUCUCCAAGACCAGAAUGACACAGGAGAAUACACCUGGAAGACAGCAGGGCAGAUGUCUGAGCCGGUGCGGUACACACACUGGAAUGCCCAUCAGCCUCGCUACAGCGGUGGCUGUGUUGUCAUGCGAGGACGGAGUCCACCUGGCCGCUGGGAAGUGAAGGACUGCACGCACUUUAAAGCAAUGUCCCUGUGCAAACAGCCAGUGGAAAGCCGGGAGAAGACUGAGCAUGAAGAGAGAUGGCCCUUUCACCCCUGCUUAUUAAGCUGGGAGUCCGAGCCGGGCCUGGCCAGCUGCUUCAAGGUAUUUCAUAGUGAAAAGGUAUUGAUGAAAAGAACAUGGAGAGAAGCUGAAGCAUUUUGUGAAGAAUUUGGAGCUCAUCUUGCAAGCUUUGCCCAUAUCGAGGAAGAGAAUUUUGUGAAUGAGCUUUUACAUUCAAAAUUUAAUCGGACAGAAGAAAGGCAGUUCUGGAUCGGAUUCAAUAAAAGAAAUCCCCUGAACGCUGGCUCUUGGGAGUGGUCUGAUGGAACCCCUGUUGUCUCUUCAUUUUUAGACAAUACUUAUUUUGGAGAUAAUACAAGAAAUUGUGCUGUUUAUAAAGCAAAUAAAACAUUGCUGCCCUCGCACUGUGGUUCCAAGCGUGAAUGGAUAUGCAAAAUUCCAAGAGAUGUGAAACCCAAGAUUCCUCCCUGGUACCAGUACGAUGAACCCUGGCUCUUUUAUCAGGACGCAGAGUACCUUUUCCAUGCCUAUCCCUCCGAAUGGUCCACCUUUGAGUUUAUCUGUGGCUGGCUGGGUGGUGCUAUCCUCACAAUUCAUUCUGCACAUGAGCAAGAAUUCAUCCUCAGCAAAAUAAGAGUGCUGUCAAAGUAUGGUGUAAAUUGGUGGAUUGGACUUCAAGAAGAAAGAGCCAAUGGUGAACUUCGCUGGAGAGAUGGAGCACCAGUAAUAUAUCAGAACUGGGACAAAGGAAGAGAAGGACCUAAGAAUAACCACAGUCAGAGAUGUGGCUUCAUUUCAUCCGUAACAGGACUCUGGGCUAGUGAAGAGUGUUCAGUUUCUAUGCCCAGCAUCUGUAAGCGAAAAAGGUUUUGGCCCGUAGAGAAAGAGAAAGAUACACCAAAGCAGCACGGAAUGUGUCCCAAAGGAUGGCUGUAUUUUAACUAUAAGUGCCUUUUGGUGAAAAUCCCCAAAGGCCCAAGUGGUUGGAAGAACUGGACGUCCGCUCAAGAUUUCUGUGUUGAAGAAGGGGGGACACUGGUCACCAUUGAAGACGAGGUGGAGCAAGCUUUCAUUACUAUGAAUCUUUAUGGACAGACCACUGAUGUGUGGAUAGGGCUACAAAGUGAUGAUUAUGAAAAAUGGCUAAGUGGAAAGCCUGUGACAUAUUCUAACUGGUCUCCAUUUGAUAUAAUAAAUAUUCCAAGUCAGAACGCUACUGAAGUUCAAAAGCACAUUCCUCUCUGUGCUUUGCUGUCAAGUAAUACUAAUUUUCAUUUCACUGGAAAAUGGUAUUUUGAAGACUGUGGAAAAGAAGGUUAUGGGUUUGUUUGUGAGAAAAUGCAGGAUACUUCUGGACACAGUGUAAAUACAUCUGAUAUGUAUCCAAUCCCCAACACCUUAGACUACGGAAACAGGACUUACAAAAUAAUCAGUGCAAAUAUGACCUGGUACACAGCAAUCAGAGCCUGCCUGCUGCAUGGAGCAGAACUGGUCAGCAUUGCAGAUCAGUAUCACCAGUCCUUUCUCACUGUUAUCCUCAGCCGGCUCGGACAUGCCCACUGGAUUGGACUCUUCACUGCAGAUAAUGGUCUCAGUUUUGACUGGUCAGAUGGCACCAAAUCCUCCUUCACUUUUUGGAAAGAGGAUGAGUCAUCCUUGCUGGGUGACUGUGUUUUUGCUGACACCAAUGGGUGCUGGAGUAGCACAGCCUGUGAGACAUUUCUGCAAGGAGCCAUCUGUCAUGUACCUACUGAAACAAGACCAUUUGGACAUCCAGAGCUGUGUUCUGAAACAUCUAUUCCUUGGAUAAAAUUCAAAAGUAAUUGCUACAGUUUUUCUACAGUCCUAGACAGCAUGAGUUUUGAAGCUGCUCAUGAAUUUUGCAAAAAGGAAGGAUCUAAUCUUUUGACAAUCAAGGAUGAGGCUGAAAAUUCAUUUCUCCUAGAAGAGCUUUCUGUUUUUGUUUCUUCUGUCCGGAUGGUUUGGUUGAAUGUUCAGUUUAACGAUGACAAUAAAACCAUGAAGUGGUUUGAUGGAACUCCCACAGAGCAGUCAAACUGGGGCAUUCGGAAGCCAGAGAUGGACCACAUCAAGCCUCCUCUGUGUGUUGCCCUGAGGAUCCCCGAAGGAGUGUGGCAGUUAUCCCCAUGUCAAGAAAAAAAAGGAUUUAUUUGUAAACUGGAGCCAGAUAUUCAUGUGGCAAAGGAACAUCCAGGAAAAGGACCAAGUCACAGCAUCGUACCAUUGGCAGUAGCUCUGACACUGAUAGCAAUUCUAGCCAUUUCCACACUUGCCUUCUGCAUAAACAAGCACAGCAGUGGUGCCUUCAGGAGGCUCCUGGAGUUUCGGAACCCUUACUAUCCCACAACCAACUUCAGUACAGCACAUUUGGAAGAAAAUAUUCUCAUUUCGGAUCUUGAGAACAAUGACCAACAGCAAUGAAGCCAGAGAAAGCCACAGUCAUGAGGACAAGUAAAGACCGCAAGGAGAGCCUCAUCUGUAUUUUUCUUUACAGACCAGAUGCCAUUAUACUGUGAAUUGUGUCGCUAAAAGUGAUAAUCUCAAAGUGAAUUGUAACCAAAUUAGAUGGGUGUUGAUUUAUUCAUUUCCCAUACCUGUGAUCUAUUCUUUCAAAGGGGAAAUUACACAAUGGUUAUUAUUCUGAAAACAAGAACUAUUAAAAGAAGCACCCUCUCGAAAACUCUCAAACCAACGUUAAUAGCAGUUUUUGCAUUACUAGGUUUCUACCAAAUAUUUUUGGGGGAAUUUUAAAACUCAGCUAUUUAGACAUUUACCCACUUUCAUUCCAUGAAAAAAGAGGAAGCAAAACAAAAUGUAAAACCGUAUACUUGUAUGUGAUUGGAAAAGGAAAAACCUUCUGAGAGGUUUCUUCUUUGUUUGUAAUGCAAUCUUUUUAAUUCAAUCAGUUUUAACAGCAGGGUUUGGAAAAUACUGAUGUGUAAGCUUAAAAGUGAUAGGUUCUGGGCUCUAAACUAAAAUUUAGGGUGACUCAUUUUUAUUAUUUUGAUUUCUCAAACUAAAGGAAAAGAAAAUUUACUUUUCCUUAAAUAGUAAAAUCUUGGUUAGCAGCAUGCUUUCAUAAACAACCACACAAUGUGGCCCAAAAUAUUCCAUUAUUAAAUGAUGACUAAGUUCGAUAGUUAAAAAUAUCUUAGAGAUAAGCUUAAAAGAAAUUUAUUGAGAUCUUAAUUCUAUUAAAACUCAUGGGUUUUAUUAAAAACUAAAGGUAUAAAAUAAUAUUUAACACUCCUAACAACCAAAAAGAUGUUGAAUGUAACUUGAAUUUAAAUGGGAAAAAUUGAAGAUCUGAAUUAUAUUUCCAUUGGAACCAGACUCAAGAAUAUGUUGAGCAGCACUAAAUAAGUUAUUCUCCAGCAGUAAUCUAAACCCCUUUGCUAUUUAAGGGAGUGUAUUUGGAGUGUUCUCUUUAGUAAACUGUAGUUCCGGGGAACCAACUCCAUUGUGUUGAACUAGUAAGUGCAGUAGGUAAAUAAUGAUUAAAAACAUGUACUGUCUGUAUAUUUAAAAUUACUGAUUUUAUCUUCCUUCAUUAACUUCUUAUAAAGAAACAUGACUUCACCAUCAAUAUUUAAGAGUUUACUCAGUCCAUAAAUGUUUAUUGAAUUCCUAUUAAGAACCAAGAGCUAUUCUACAAACUGGAGAUACUGGGGUAAGCAGGUCCAUGAGAUCUCUGUUUUCAGGGCACUUCUUUUCUAAUGAAGGAAAAUGGGCAGUAAACCAGUAAAGAAAUACAGGAGCAGAAAAUAGCAGUUGGUUAUGAAUAUUAAGUAAGGUUCCAUGAUAGA